CGACUUUGUGUUCCGAAGCUGGGGCGCGGUUUUGGAAAAUAGUGUGUCAGAGUGGACGUGCGGUUUUCCUAUCUGUGCUUAGGUACACUUGUUACCAAGCCGCGUUUGGCGCAGUGUCGCAGUUCGGAGCUUUCUCACGGCAUCCCCGAGAAGGACAAACCUUGGGCCCCGCUCACUCCAGAACUCAACCCCGAAAGGCAUUCUUGUGCUCGUCCAUUGGCUGACAACGCUGUAAUUCGGAAAAAAAAAAAAAAAAACCUGCUUUCCAACAUUUUCUUGGACAAUUACAGCAGAAAAAAAGAAUGUAUGUAUUUCCAAAGAUAUCUUUGAGACCUGAAGUUGAAAACUAUCUCAAAGAGAGCUUUUUGAACGAGGAGGUUGUGUCUGCUUCAAGCCAACAGGAAGCAGAAAGGAACUUUGAGACUCUGCUGCUUCGCCUGUCACACCCUCCGUUGUUCACGACUGUCAGAGUGAAUACGAAUUUAAGCUCAGUUGAGCAUGUCAGAGGUCUGCUGCUUGGAGAGCUUCAGAAGCAGUUCGGUGGAUCCAGCAUUCCCGUUCUUCAGCAUCCAGCCCUCCCGGAUGUUCUACUCAUUCCCAUGACUGGACCAAGGAAGAAUAUAGAAAGACAACAGUGUGAAGUGAUUGUUGGUGCACAGUGUGGCAAUGCAGUAUUAAGAGGGGCCCAUGUCUAUGUUCCAGGAAUUGUGUCAGCUUCAAAGUUUAUGAAAGCUGGAGAUGUCGUUUCCGUGUAUUCUGAUAUUAAAGGGAAAUGUAAGAAAGGAGCCAAAGAGUUUGAUGGAACUAAAGUAUUUCUGGGAAACGGAAUUUCUGAACUAAGCCGCAAAGAUAUCUUCAAUGGGUUACCUGAUCUGAAGGGUAUAGGCAUAAGAAUGACAGAACCCAUAUAUCUCAGUCCCUCAUUUGACAAUGUUCUAUCUGGUUAUAUAUUUUUACAGAAUUUGCCAUCUACGGUUGUAGCUCAUGUUCUUGAUCCUCAACCUGGAGAGAAGAUUCUAGAUUUGUGUGCAGCACCAGGGGGCAAAACUACACACAUUGCAGCACUGAUGCACGACCAGGGAGAAGUAAUAGCAUUGGACAAAAUACUGAGUAAAGUGACAAAAUUAAAGCAGAACGCUUCAUUAUUAGGACUGCAUUCUAUCCGGGCGUUUUGCUUUGAUGCAACAAAGGCUCUUAAGCUGGAGGUGAUGGACGGCGUAGACGGGGCACCUCCAUUCUUACCAGAAUCUUUUGACCGAAUUCUCCUUGACGCACCCUGCAGUGGACUGGGACAGAGGCCAAAUAUGGCUUGCACUUGGACUUUGAAGGAAGUGACAUCCUAUCAGCCACUGCAGCGAAAACUCCUUAAUGUGGCGGUUCGACUCCUGAAGCCAGGGGGUGUGCUGGUUUACAGCACGUGCACAGUAACUCUGGCAGAAAACGAAGAGCAAGUCGCCUGGGCCCUCAGAACAUUCCCCUGCCUUCAACUGCAACCCCAGGAACCCCAGAUCGGAGGAGAAGGGAUGCUGGGAGCUGGCCUGUCACUGGAGCAGCUGAAACAGCUGCAGCGCUUUGACCCGUGUGUUGUGCCUCUGGAGAGCAUGGACACGAACUCUCUUGGAGGUGCCAGAAGGGAAGACGUGAUUUGGCUGGCCAACAAGGAUUGUAUAGGCUUCUUUAUUGCAAAGUUUCUAAAAUGUCAAAGCACAGAAAGGAAGGUUUCUCGGAAAUGAAAAUCCUGAAUGCUGUCUGCGUGUGGUGCUGUUUCUUACACCAAAAUGUUGUCAAGCCAACGGAGUGAUGGCACAGUUGCUCAGGAAACAGGAUAUGCUAGCAGCUCCCCGGAUUAGGAGCAGUGUGUAUAUGUGGCCCUGGGGAAGGGAGGGCUAGUAAAGCAAAAUCGGCCUCAUGCUUCCUGAGAGGGAAGGAGGAGUCGCCUGGGGUCUGGAACACACUUUCAGCACUAACUCAUCAGUAUUGGUCUUUCUAAUGUGAAAAAAGAGUUUAAAAACAAAAGAAUAAACCUCUAAACCUUCCAA